AUGAUAUUAAUACAUGCUCAGCCGCUCACCAUACAAGAUUUCAAGCCUUAUGGAAGUAUAAUAUCGCCUAAUGAAGAGGUAUUCAAGUUAGACGAAUCUGCCAAGAAUGCAAACCAGGGCACGGCAAUUAAGAUCAUGAAGGUUAGUGAGAUUCAAAACCAGUUUUCUGAAAAAGUCCCGGUUCCUAACUGGAAUAUAUUCCGCUGUUUUCCCCAGCAUCAUUUGAGAAGGACUUUCUUGGAAUCCAUUAAACGUCCGAACUGUACUGUGACGCAUGACAUUAAGGUAUUGGAAAAGCAUCCUUAUAGUUCGCAAACCUUUCUUCCAAUGGGACGCGCGGAGGACGACAUUUCAUACUUGGUGGUGGUCGCACUUCCUAAUCCGGCUUGUGAUGCACCUGACCUGUCGACAUUGAAAGCAUUUACAUGCAAGGGUAAUCAAGCCGUCACCUACGGUGCGGGAAUUUGGCACGCCCCCAUGAUUGUCCUUGGUACACCUCCCUACCUAGAUUUUGGUGUGCUAAUUAAUGAACUACUGGAUAAUGGCCAUCCCGAGAAGGACUGCGUAGAGACCUUUUACGAGGAAGGUCAACUUCAGAUCACGUUAAUUGCGGCCAACGAGACUAAGUGCCAAAAAUAA